AUGCAUUGGAAUGAGCAAGCAUAUGAUUUAAAUGUAAUGAAUAAUGUUACAGAACAGACCAAUAGUAUAAUUUCGGAGAGGCUUGACCAAUCUCCAUAUAAUGUGACCACAUGUAUACAGAAUUCGGAUUCUCAAAGACUUGAUCAACUACGAAAUACUCGUGAUCAACCCGAAAAUAAUGCCGAUAUACUUGGUGAGUUGAAUCAAGAUAUUCAUGAGCAACCACAAAGUAAUGCUGAUACACUUAAUGAACUGGAUCAAGAUGCUCUACACCGGGAUUUUACAGUUUGCCAUAAUAAAGUUGCUCAAGCAUUAUAUUGGUUGAAAUCAAACAACCGAUAUUAUGCCGAAAUCACUAUUGACAGUGAAAUACUUUAA